AUCGGACUAUCCGAAGGUCACGCUCACAAUUUAAAAAUGGCCUUCAAUGGCUUUAUAGAGAUUUUCGUUAAGCAAAAGACUUUUCGUCCGAAGAAAAAGUUUGCACCAGAUACAAUUCGUUAUCACCUCCACAAGCGUGCUGAAGCCUCACUAAGUUCAGGGAUCGACCUCAGGGAAGCGGUUAAAAAGCCAGAUGACGAAGAACUGAAUGAUUGGAUUGCGGUUCAUGGUGAAUUGAAAUAUAGAUUGUCAUUUUCCCAGUUGUUGAUUUUUACAAUCGCAUCAACCUCAUUUAUGGGACUAUAUGUGAUAGAUGCACUGAGCAGACAUGCCCGACUAUGUCUGGAGGCAAAAAGUUUGAAUACCAUUGGCGCGAUAAUAUACAUUAUAAAAAGCCUACUCCACUACCAGCACCCAAAUAUAUUGAUGAGUUGAUGGACUGGGUUGAUGCACAAAUAAAUGAUCCAUCACUUUUCCCAACUGACAUAGGUAGUGUAUUCCAUAUACCACGUAAAUAUAUAGAUAUCCCUUUCCCAAAAUGCUAUAUUUCAACUGUGAAGAAAAUAUUUGGUAGGCUGUUCAGAGUGUUUGUGCAUGUUUAUAUUCACCACUUCGAUUGUUUGCAUGAGAUAGGAGCGGAGGCUCAUGUCAACACUUGCUACAAGCACUUCUACUAUUUCGUAACUUAUUUCGAUCUUAUUGAUAAAAAGGAACUAGAGCCUCUGAAUGAUUUAACCCGCAGAAUCUGUCACUAAAAGGAUCAUAUAAAUAAAUUGUUCGCAAAUUUUCUAAAUCAACAUCUGAAUGACCGAGCUGUUACGAAAAGCGAAAACAGUGUCAUCGACCUCUGUACUUUUCUGUGCCUGAGUUUUGUUUCUUGAUGUUUCGCUGCUCUUUUUUUUCGCAUAAAGGAAGCUGAGUUUUUUCACAUGCAAAACAUAUUUUAAUGAUAUUUUCCUUCUCUGCUUCUGUUCUUAAAAUAAGAAACUGUGCAUUUCUCAUUCAUCCUUACCAUUAUUCAAUCGGCAUCCAAAAAUAAUAUUUUCCUUUAUUUAGAUUUACUAUGUAUGUCUAUUUUUCUUACUUUCUAUGUAUCUGUUAAGUUCACUUAACAAGUGUAUUCACUAUUUUCGUACGACAAAUCUUUAUUAAACACUUGAUUUUUAAAAAAUCUACUAUAAAUUAUUCUCACCACUACUACUGACUAUAUUACAUAACUUUGAUGUUUAUUUUGCGCGAUUAAUUGCUUCUAUCCUAACUGAAAAUGUUAUUUCUUGAUUUUAGAAAAAAUGUAACGUUUAAUAUUUUCCUUCUUAUUUUCACUUUAAACGAAUGAAAAGCCAAAAAUUUGGUUGUAUAUACAAAGACGUUUGAAUGAUGUUAAUUCAAUCCAUGUAAAAAUGGUUUUUAUAAAUGCUUAUUCUAAAUCAUCUUAAUUGAGUAGCAAUUCUACAAAAUUAGAAGCUUUCGUUGGUCAUCUCGGACUCUUUCAACCAUAGGUUCACAUACUUAGUCAUUUGUAUCUCAAAGCUUAGCAUAUAGACCUAUGAUUGUCGAUUGCAUUAGCCUUUUUCUUGAAAAUUCCUAUCUUCGUGUGUAGUGAAUGCGUUUCGCUCUUUUUUGAAAUAAGUUACCUUGUAAUUUAAACCUUUUUCGAUCUAUAGAAUUCCAGUAACUAAUGCGUUCAGAUUCUAUUUGGGCAAAAAUACCUUGGUGAGUCGAGCUUCAGGGUCAAAUUAAUCCGUAAUAUUUCACCACAAGUCUUUGAUAAAAUGGACUCAUUUACUUGCAAUGCAACUCAUAUUUCACCUACUCUGAUGGAGACACACCACGGUUUCUAGAAGUUAUUUGUUAUCAAGAUCAAUAGGAAGUAUUAGAUGUAUUUUGAAUCCUAGAUAUUACAGUCUGUUCAUUUACCAUUUCAAUAGAAUAAAUGUGGUUUUAUUCACUUCGGUCUUACCAGAUAAUUUUUAGUGAGACUUCUUCGAGAUAAUCUUUAUGCUUCGUUUAUCAUUCGUUCAGAUAACCGUUAUGACUCCCAACGGUGUAUAACUUUCAGAAGAGAUUAUUAACCUAUGACUACUGUUUAUUAUUGGGCAGCAUAGACCCAUUAACCACACGGAGCGAAUACGAACAAGAAUGCGACUUCAUGAUUAGGAUUUAAGAAGUACAUAUACAUCAGCAAGCAAAUGAUUCAUCCAGCGACUUCAUUAAUCAAUAUUUAAGCUAGUAAGAGAAAUAUAUGUGCAGU